ACGUUUCCAGCUGUUGACUGACAGAUUAAUAACCUCAUUAAUUUAUAGAAAGCAAGAUAUUUUUGUUUGAUAAAAUGUAAAAUAAACUGUAACACGAUAAGCUUUAUAGAUGGUAUUGGUCCAUUAUUUGUUGAUAUCUAUUAUAAGUGUUUAAUUUGAAUCAACAAUCAUUUAUUUUAGCUAUAUCAGUAAAAUGAGAAGAUGAACAAUGACAUAUACUGAAAUGAAAUCAUUUAAGUUAAAAGCGCAUCAAAAAACCUUUAGCGAGGAAGACCUUAUUAUAAACCAGAAAGAUUACCCAGAAGCUAAAAAGAAUGAUAUUGUUGAAAUAUAUCACUCAGCACCAGAAGAUGACAAUCAAAAAAAUAAAAAGAGUGAAUCCGAAGAAGAGUAUCCAAGGCUCUUGUUGCAAAUUAAAACAUUUUCUGAUGAUCUUUUACAAGCUAGGGAAAUUAUAAGCAUUGAACAAAGUAUUGUCACUGCGUUUGGCUUACAAACGUAUAAAAAUGUGACCAUUAGGAUUGUGAAUCCUGCAGAUGUUGCAUUGGAUUCUGUAGAACUCACUUUCAAGGACCAAUAUAUGGGAAGAUCAGAAAUGUGGAGACUUAAAAAUAGUUUGGUUAAUACCUGUGUAUAUAUGAACAAAAAGCUGGAAUUUUGUGGGGCAGCAGUUAGGUGCCAAGUAUAUGAGAUGUGGGCUCAAGGGGAUAGAGUAGCUUGUGGGGUAAUAACAGAUGAUACGAAAAUAGUGUUUAGAUCAUCAACUUCAAUGGUUUAUUUAUUUUUGCAAAUGUCUUCUGAAAUGUGGGACUUUGAUAUACAUGGUGAUUUAUACUUUGAAAAGGCUGUUAAUGGAUUUUUGGCAGAUCUGUUUAUGAAAUGGAAGAAAAAUGGCAGCAACCAUGACGUGACUAUUGUUCUUUUUUCGAGGACUUUUUAUAAAGCUAAUAAUUUAGAAGAAUUUCCUUACCAUAUGAGGGAAUGUUUGCAAAAGGAUUACAAAGGGAGAUACUAUGAAGACUUUUAUAGAGUUGCAGUUCAAAAUGAAAGAUAUGAUGAUUGGAGUUCAGUGUUAGUGCAGCUGAGAAGAAUAUUCCAAAAUUACUUGAAAACUGUUCUAGAAUACCAUUCAAGACCUGGAGUUUCAAUACCUGCGGCGACAAACAGCACUGCUUCACAAGGAAAUUUUUUAGAAGUUUUAAACAUGUCUUUAAAUGUUUUUGAAAAAUAUUACUUGGAUCGUAGUUUUGAUAGAACCGGCCAACUAAGUGUUGUUAUCACGCCUGGUGUGGGUGUAUUUGAAGUGGAUAGAGAAUUGACGAAUAUUACGAAACAAAGGAUCAUAGAUAAUGGUGUCAAUAGCGAUUUGGUGUGUGUUGGGGAACAGCCUUUGCACGCAGUUCCACUUUUGAAAUUUCACAACAAAGACACAAAUCUCAAUGUUCCAGACGAUUAUUCAAUGCCACAUUGGAUAAACUUAUCGUUUUAUUCAACGAACAAGAAAAUCGCAUACUCAAACUUCAUUCCAAGGAUAAAGUUGCCACCGACUUUGGUCGAAGGGAGCACUAAAAAGAAGUCUCCCAAGCAGAAGUUGUUGCCGGAAGAUGAGUAUAUUCACAAUAACUUUUUCGAUUAUGAUGCCUACGAUGCGAAAGUUUUCCAGCUACCCUCAGCACAUCCCUCUGCAGAGAAUAGAAUACCAUCCCGAUACAAAAGAAGCUCGGGCAGUUUACUCGAUUCCCAAGAAUUUGGUAAAGGACAAAGGCGAAAGUUAUCUGACCCUGAUAUAAUGCAAAGAUCCAACUGUAAUGCAAGAUCGGAACCUAUCGCAAUUCCUCCUGGAGCAUGUUGCAGUCCUACAUUGUCAGCCAAUCCAGAAGAAAAAGACUUGUCUCCUCCAGUCAGAAUGGUCGUUGGUUCAGAAGGUUCGCCACCUCUUGAAUCCAGAGCGUUAAUUAAUCCAUUUGACCCUUCCCAUGUGACUAUAAAGCUUACUUCCAAUCGUCGAAGAUGGACGCAUAUAUUCCCAAAGGGUCCGACUGGCGUUCUGAUUCAACAGCAUCACUACCAAGCCGUACCAGCGGAAAGUAAUCAGGAAAAGGAAAAAUCUCAAGCGGCUUCUUCAUACAGUGCCUUAGCAGCUUUGCAAGAAUAUUGUAAAAAACGUCCAAAUGGUCAUAGUACAGGUCAAAGUAACUCUGGACCUCACAAACAUGCUCCAAAAAGCUCUGCUCUUCUUUGGGGAGCAACUGGAGAACAGGAAUGGACGCCAGCUUUGACCACAGUCAAUGACGUCCUGAUAGGGGUAGACUGGAAGUCAUUAACAAUACCUGCGUGUCUUCCAAUCACCACGGAUUAUUUUCCAGAUAGGAGGGCUUUAAAUCUAGACUAUGUGGUGUCCCUUUACAGUCUGUUGCCUGACAGUGUUAAUGCGGACUUCGUUCAGCAACGAUCAUCGUAUAAAAGGCCGUUGACUACAGUAGAGGUGUUUAAAGAGUUAAUCUCUCAACGCUUGUCGCAAGGAUUCCAACUAAUUCUAAUGGCUGACAAGAAUGUAAACUUGAACAAAAUGUGCGGACCUAAUCCCAAAUUAAGAACCAGCGUAGUAAGUAAAAGCCCUACGGAAAAUGAUGAAAGUUAUUUCUUGUCUAUAGGAAGGCUGUUUCACAAAAUUUCGCUCUCUGGAAAUACUAUUUCUGUAACAAGAUAUAGACCAAGGCAUCCCUACCCUGGUUUCAACUAUCAGUACAGAUACAGAUUCCAUGCUCCAUGGCACGAUACAUAUGAGGAGUCGUUCGCCACAUUUACUACAGAAAAGUUGGAACAUUAUAAUUGGAAUUACCUGGAUCAUUACGUGUGUACAGGUGGAGAUACUGAGUUUGUACUCGUUGAUGCCUUAAAAUAUUGGAGAUUUAGAGUUUAUCUGAUACCAUUCAAUAACCCAGCGACGAGGAAAAUAGUGGAAGGAUCUGAAUACUGUGAUAUUUACCAAACGCAAACGAAUUGCGAACAUCAACAAAUGGUUGAUGGUCUUAACAGAUUUAUAGAUACGGCUGUGAAUAAAAUAAGAAGAUCUACUAUAUCGAAGAAACCGAGGAUGUCACUGAAUAUAUCUAGCAUUCCUCCACUGGCCCAACCUAGGCGUAACAGUAUGAGCAAUUUUCAGACGAUCGGAUCGAGUUCACCGUUCAGGGAGCGGUUGGGCAGCAACAGGUUGACGGAUAGGCCUCGACCAAGGUCAGGAUCUAAAGUUGAAAGAAAUAGAGUAUCUCAAGGACCUCCAGAAAGCUCUGAGAUUAAAGAAGGAUUUGAGUUACCAUCAGAUGAAGGGACGCCGUUGCCUAUUACAAUGCUAAAAUCGAAUGCGACGUCUGCAGAAAUAAUUGAAAGUAUGAAAAAUCCGGCGAAUGGUUUAUUGUUUAUAAAUAUGCAACAAAACCUUCCGAACUUCACCUUCGUUUCUGCUGAGGCUGUGAGUUGGUUAAUGACGCACAUGGAAGAAGUUAACAACGUAGAAAAAGGAGUACAAAUCAUGGAGAUGCUGUAUAAAGAUCAGUUUAUACGACAUGCUUCUGGAGAUACCAGUAGAACAUUUGUUUAUGGAUUUUAUUUGUUUUACAUCAUAAGCAAUGAUAAAGAUGAAACAUUCCAGCUAUGUGGCGACAUCGAGAUUUUCGAGAACGAAUGGAUGGAAGUGAAAGUAAAACCUGCGCUAAAUUGGGGACUCGCAGCUCCUUCUUCUACUUUACAUGUUCCAAAUAGUUUUUCCGAUCGGGAACACGGUGUACCGCACUUUUUAUGCGACGACAUCGACGCCGAAUAUGCAGAACGUGAUUUAGAUGGACCACUCUACAAAAGAAUGAGAUUAGAGACUGAUGUAGCCGGUAAGAGUGACCGCGUAGAAUGGGGCCAUGCUCGAUAUCAAACGGUUUUUAAGCCAGACCAAGCUUACGAAUUAGUUGUCGAAUGGCUGACAUCUUCAGGUUCCAUAAUUUUUGAAUUGCUCUCUGGUUGUCAAAGGAAAGCCCAAUCUUGUGGAUUUCAACUAAUACCAAUACCUCAUGAUCCGCUAGCGUUACCUUAUUCAAAUAAGUCUGAUCCCCUUAGAGGACCAAUUUUUAUACCACUUGACAUUAGAUGUUUAGAAGAAAGAAGUUAUCCCUUAUUUAAAGAGUUUAGAGAAGAUACAUAUGCAGACAGAAUGUUUUUAUUCCAAGAAGCCAUCGUCCAACGUUUUGGUUUCAUACACUGUCAGGUAGAACAUUCCGACAAGGCAAGUAGUUCGAGGGAGCACCAGUACGUUCACGCAACAGGAACUAUUUUUGUACUCAUUUCAAGGCCAGUAUCUAAAGUGAGAAGUCGAAUCAAUUCGUCUGCAGGCCAUACGGGGAAGUAUUCUGUACAUGCCGAUGUUGUUCCUAGUCCCCACGAGGCCUACAUUACCAGGCAUGUCUCCGGAAAGAACAAGGACGAUUAUGAUAAUACUACAAAGAUGGGUUUUCUUUGGUCCUGGAAUCACAUGGUUAGUAAACGAUGGAGACCCAAUCAAGGCGUAGAUACUAACUGCCAGUUAAAACUUCUUAAGGACUUUAGAGAAUUUUGUAGUAAUUCCAAAAAUAGGUUGAGAAAUUUUUGGUAUGAGUGUUGGGAGAGCAAAGAAAUGAACAACUAUUCGUCAAUCAAAUCUUUAUCAAUAAAAAAAUAAAAAAUAUAUAUAUUUG